AUGGUUGCAGAACUUCAAGUAGCGAGUACACAGUCAUCGGCAUUGGAAUUUACUGAAGAUGAACAUUGUUCAAUACACUCAGAUAAAGCCGCAAAACUAGUCCUGGAAUUGACUAGUGAACGAAAAUAUGAAGGCGGACAAUCGCAUGAAGUGAAAUUCAAUGAGGACAUCGCGGACCCAGAAGAUAUAGCACGGCAUAUGAGCACGGCCCGCCGAUACUACAUUUCUUCGUUAAUUACAUUCACAUCGAUGGUAAUUACGAUGAUCUCAUCCAGUUGGACGCUUCCCUCAGCGCAUAUCAUCGAACACUUCCAUAUCUCGCACGAGGUCAGCACUCUGGGGAUUACGCUUUAUGUGUUUGGGCUUGGUAUAGGACCUUUGUUUCUGUCUCCGCUAAGUGAACUAUAUGGACGAAGGAUCACAUUUUUAUACGCACUUGCCCUCAGUAUCAUAUGGCAGUGUCUGACCAUUUGGUCCAAGACCGUUACAGGCGUCAUGUUUGGUAGGUUUCUAUCCGGAUUUUUUGGUUCAGCCUUUCUAAGUGUGGCUGGCGGCGCCAUUGCCGAUAUAUUCGAUAAAGACCAGAUUGGCAUUCCCAUGGCAAUAUACACUACAUCUGCCUUUUUGGGGCCCUCUUUAGGACCAAUCAUUGGCGGAGCUUUGUACCAUGAAUGUUAUAAAUGGACUUUUAUCACACUUCUUAUCACUUCGGGGUGCUGUCUCGUUAUGAUCAUCUUCACCAUUCCUGAAACCUAUAAACCAAUGCUGUUAAUACGCAAAGCCAAGAGAUUAAGGAAGGAGGGAAAUGACGAGCGUUAUUAUGCCGCCCUGGAAAUCACCCGCGAACAGACUUCCUUACUUUCCGCAGUCUUCCUCUCAACCAGAAGACCCUUUGGGCUAUUACUUCGAGACCGAAUGAUGGGUGUGCUUUGUUUCUAUACUGGACUGGAACUUGCCAUCAUAUAUCUAUAUUUUGUAGCAUUCCCUUACGUGUUCAAGAAACUUUACAACUUUGGGCCCAUGGAGAUAGCAUGCUCCUAUAUCGGUAUCAUGGUGGGCAUGAUCAUUUCGGCACCUACUUGCUUGCUAUUCCAAAAAACGUUUGAGUGGAGGGUCAAAAGAAAUAACGGCGUCAAGACGCCCGAAAUGAGGUUCGAGCCUUUGUUCUACGGCGCCUUUUUGACCCCGAUCGGGCUGUUCAUCUUUGCAUUCACUUGUUUCAAGCAUGUUCACUGGAUCGCCCCUAUUAUAGGCAGUGCAGUUUUCGGUUCAGGCGUCUAUUUCGUCUUUACCGGUGUUUUUGCAUAUACGGUGGAUGCCUAUAGAAGAUAUGCGGCCUCUGGCAUGGCUUGUAACACCUUCGUGAGAUGUAUAAUGGCCGGUGUCUUCCCUCUCUUUGGAUUACAAAUGUACGAGGCAAUGGGUGUGAACUGGGCCGGUUUUCUCUUGGCAAUGGUGACGGUAGCCAUGAUCCCGGUCCCGUUCCUGUUUACCAAAUACGGCGCCCGACUGAGAGCUAAGUCGCCGUAUGCAUGGGAUGAUUGA